ACACCAAAAAACAAAAUCAUGGACAAGACUGAACAAACAGCUAUUGACGGCUCAGCUUUAGAGCUUAACAGCACUGAGAAAACGGUAGAGGCGGUCUUGCGAGUAGCAUCAAUGGCUCUAAGUAUUACGGGUCUCGUCAUCAUGAUCAAGAACUCUAUCUCCAACGACUUUGGCUCUCUUUCUUACUCAAAUCUUGGAGCUUUCAUGUAUUUGGUGAGUGCUAAUGGCGUUUGUGCUACCUAUUCUCUUCUUUCUGCUCUCGCAAUAUUAGCCCUUCCGUGUCCAAUAAGCAAGGUCCAAGUCAGGACAUUAUUCUUGCUAGACCAGGUGGUCACAUACGUGGUUCUAGCGGCUGGAGCUGUAUCUGCAGAGACGGUUUACUUAGCAUACUAUGGAAACAUACCCAUCACUUGGAGCUCUGCUUGUGACUCCUAUGGAAUCUUCUGUCACAAGGCAUUGAUCUCGGUUGUGUUCACAUUCGUUGUCUCCCUUCUCUACAUGUUGCUCUCGCUUAUCUCUUCCUAUAGACUCUUCAGCAGAUUUGAAGCACCCUAAGCCGCGAAACCUAAGAACACAAAGGCAAAACAAGAGUGACAGAGGAAGAAUUAGAUAUAUAUCCUGUUUGGUUGAAGUGAAAGAGUACGUUGAAUAAAAGAGUAACUGAAUA